AUUCUCCACGCGAGCUUGCGGGCGUGGUGGUGUGGGGCUGCGUGACAGGCGUCAGGGGGCCGGGCGGAAGCUUUGUUUUCUGGGACGAGCUGUGGUGUGGGCUACGAUGGUGGUUUCGUAAAGAUGAUUGCUCGUUUUGGUACUUUGUUAUGACACUGGAUGGGGUAGGGUGUCAUAUGGAGGGAAGUUUUGCGGAGGAAGAGCGGACUGUAACAGGUGGUUGAACUCAGUUCUUCGCAAUGGUACAGACCGGUGCGUGCCCUCCCGGACCGGGCAUGGUGCGCAUCGCCGUCAUCUCGGCUCCUGAAGAGUUUGCAGCUGAGAGACGGCACCUGUUGGAAUAUGCACUGCCAGAGCUUCAGAGGCACUACAUCCAGCGAGGUAUUGAGGUGGAAAUGGUCGGUCUCCUGACAUCCGGCCAUCGAUGGAACCCGCAGCUAUGUAACGACCUUCGAGCGGAGAUAGAGGACUGUCACAGCGUCAGCCAGGCCGUCUUCGCCCUGUUUUUGGUCGGAGACCGCCGAGGCCCGUUCUGUCCACCCGGAAGGCUGUCUCAGGAGACGUUUGACCGACUGAGGAUCUGGGCGGGCGAGGCGGCAGGGAUGCUGGAGACCGCCUAUGAUAGAGAUGAAAACUCACUGCCACCACAGCUGGUCUACAGGGACGACAGGGAGAGCGGCAGCGAUCAGGGAACCACUGAGCUAGUCAACCUGCUUCGGAAAGCCGAAAGGGAAGGCGUUUUCUCGUACCAGUCGGUGUUGGAGAGUCUGGUGGAGUCGGCUUUAGAUCAGAGCAGCGCCGCAUGGAGCCGGUGUCUGCUCGCCAUACCCCCGGACGACUCGGCGGCGCAGUCAGCUGACUGCGCUGAUAACGUCAUUGGGAUGAGACAGUGGCGGCGCAGUCUGCUGGAGCGACUCGGCAAGGACAACGUCGUGCCUAUAAG